AUGAUAAAACAGCAUGGAUUUUUAUCGAUAUAUAAAGGUACAUGGAUUACAGUUGCACGUGAUGGUCCAGGAUAUGGAAUGUGGUUUGUCACUUAUGAAUUUUGUACACAAAAAUUAAGUAAUGAUGGUACAGCAUCAUCGUUAACUACAUUUCAAUUACUUCUAGCUGGAGGUAUUGCGGGUAUAAUGUCAUGGAUAUGUAAUUAUCCAUUGGAUGUAAUAAAAACACAAUUUCAAGCUAAUGAUAGCAUACAUUCAUAUGGAAAAGUUUGUCAAAAUAUUAUGAAAACAUAUGGUAUCAAAGGUAUUGCGGGUAUAAUGUCAUGGAUAUGUAAUUAUCCAUUGGAUGUAAUAAAAACACAAUUUCAAGCUAAUGAUAGCAUACAUUCAUAUGGAAAAAGUUUGUCAAAAUAUUAUGAAAACAUAUGGUAUCAAAGAGCAAUUCCAGCAAAUGCAUCCAUAUUUUUUGCUGCCGAAUGGUCCUAUCGUUUGUUAUGCAAAACUAGCGAAUGGCAUGAGAUACAUUUUUCAAAAAAAAUGUAA